GGCAACCGCCGGGGAGGAGCAGGGUCGGUGCGGCGGGCGAGGCGGAGGCGGAGGCAGCGCGAGCGCGGGAGGUCGCUGCAGCCGGGGACACCUCGCGCCGCUGCCCAACAUGGUCGCUGCGCACGCUGCCCAUUCUUCCUCCUCUGCCGAGUGGAUCGCCUGCCUGGAUAAAAGACCACUGGAACGAUCCAGUGAAGAUGUGGAUAUAAUCUUCACACGACUGAAGGAAGUUAAAGCUUUUGAGAAAUUUCACCCAAAUCUCCUUCAUCAGAUUUGUUUAUGUGGUUAUUAUGAGAAUCUGGAAAAAGGAAUAACAUUAUUUCGCCAGGGUGAUAUUGGAACAAACUGGUAUGCUGUCCUGGCAGGGUCUUUGGAUGUUAAAGUAUCUGAGACCAGCAGUCACCAGGAUGCGGUGACCAUCUGUACCCUGGGGAUUGGGACAGCCUUUGGAGAGUCCAUUCUGGACAACACGCCCCGCCAUGCGACCAUCGUUACCAGGGAGAGCAGCGAACUGCUCCGCAUCGAGCAGAAGGACUUCAAGGCACUAUGGGAGAAAUAUCGACAAUAUAUGGCAGGACUUCUGGCUCCUCCUUAUGGUGUUAUGGAAACGGGCUCUAACAAUGACAGAAUUCCUGACAAGGAGAACACACCUCUCAUUGAACCUCACGUUCCUCUUCGUCCUGCUAACACCAUUACCAAGGUCCCUUCAGAGAAGAUCCUCAGGGCUGGAAAAAUUUUACGAAAUGCCAUUCUCUCUCGAGCCCCUCACAUGAUAAGAGAUAGGAAAUACCACCUCAAGACAUACAGACAAUGCUGUGUGGGAACCGAGCUUGUGGAUUGGAUGAUGCAACAGACCCCGUGUGUUCACUCCAGGACUCAAGCUGUUGGCAUGUGGCAAGUCCUAUUAGAAGAUGGUGUCCUCAACCAUGUGGACCAGGAGCACCAUUUCCAAGACAAAUAUUUAUUUUAUCGAUUUCUGGAUGACGAGCAUGAGGAUGCCCCUUUGCCUACUGAGGAGGAGAAGAAGGAGUGUGACGAGGAGCUCCAGGACACCAUGCUGCUGCUGUCGCAGAUGGGGCCCGAUGCCCACAUGAGGAUGAUUCUGCGCAAACCACCUGGCCAAAGGACAGUGGAUGACCUGGAGAUUAUCUACGAAGAGCUCCUUCAUAUUAAAGCCUUAUCCCAUCUUUCUACCACAGUGAAACGGGAGUUAGCAGGUGUUCUCAUUUUUGAGUCUCAUGCCAAAGGAGGAACCGUCUUGUUUAACCAGGGGGAAGAAGGUACCUCCUGGUACAUUAUUCUAAAAGGAUCAGUGAAUGUAGUCAUUUAUGGCAAGGGUGUGGUCUGCACCCUGCAUGAGGGAGAUGACUUUGGCAAGUUAGCGCUAGUGAAUGAUGCCCCACGAGCUGCCUCCAUCGUCUUACGAGAGGAUAACUGUCAUUUCUUAAGAGUCGACAAGGAGGAUUUCAACCGGAUCCUGAGGGACGUUGAGGCGAACACAGUCAGACUUAAAGAACAUGACCAAGAUGUCUUGGUGCUGGAGAAGGUCCCAGCAGGGAGCAGAGCUUCUAAUCAAGGAAACUCACAGCCUCAGCAAAAGUAUACUGUGAUGUCAGGGACACCUGAAAAAAUUUUAGAGCAUUUUCUAGAAACAAUACGCCUCGAACCAGCUUUAAAUGAAGCAACAGAUUCUGUUUUAAAUGACUUCGUUAUGAUGCACUGUGUUUUUAUGCCAAAUACCCAGCUUUGCCCUGCACUGGUGGCCCAUUACCAUGCACAGCCUUCUCAAGGUACAGAACAGGAGAGAAUGGAUUAUGCCCUCAACAACAAGAGACGAGUCAUCCGCCUGGUUCUACAGUGGGCUGCCAUGUAUGGAGACCUCCUGCAAGAGGAUGAUGUGGCCAUGGCUUUCCUGGAGGAGUUUUAUGUGUCUGUAUCAGAUGAUGCCCGGAUGAUUGCUGCCCUCAAGGAGCAACUGCCAGAGUUGGAGAAGAUUGUCAAGCAAAUUUCAGAAGAUGCAAAGGCUCCACAAAAGAAGCACAAGGUUCUUUUGCAACAAUUCAACACAGGCGAUGAGAGGGCCCAGAAGCGCCAACCUGUCCGAGGCUCUGAUGAGGUUUUAUUUAAGGUCUAUUGCAUGGACCACACCUACACUACCAUUCGGGUACCUGUGGCUGCCUCAGUGAAGGAAGUCAUCAGUGCAGUUGCGGACAAACUGGGCUCUGGGGAAGGCCUGAUCAUAGUCAAGAUGAGUUCCGGAGGAGAAAAGGUGGUGCUCAAACCUAAUGAUGUUUCGGUAUUUACGACGCUCACCAUUAAUGGACGCCUGUUUGCUUGCCCGCGAGAGCAAUUCGAUUCCCUGACUCCCUUACCAGAACAAGAAGGUCCAACUGUUGGAACAGUGGGAACUUUUGAACUGAUGAGCUCCAAAGAUUUAGCCUACCAGAUGACAAUUUAUGAUUGGGAACUCUUCAACUGUGUGCAUGAGCUGGAGCUAAUCUAUCACACAUUUGGAAGGCAUAAUUUUAAAAAGACCACAGCAAACUUGGAUUUGUUCCUGAGGAGGUUUAAUGAAAUUCAGUUUUGGGUUGUCACUGAGAUUUGCCUUUGUUCCCAACUCAGCAAACGUGUUCAGCUCUUAAAAAAAUUUAUUAAGAUCGCAGCCCACUGUAAGGAAUAUAGAAAUCUGAAUUCCUUUUUUGCCAUCGUCAUGGGACUAAGUAAUGUUGCUGUUAGUCGCUUGGCACUAACAUGGGAGAAACUGCCAAGCAAGUUCAAGAAGUUCUAUGCAGAGUUUGAAAGUUUAAUGGACCCUUCAAGAAACCACAGGGCUUACAGGCUGACAGCAGCUAAGCUGGAGCCCCCUCUCAUCCCCUUCAUGCCUCUGCUCAUUAAAGCGCAUGAUUGCAAACACUGCCAGAACAGUGAGGUACUACAGGAGCCAGCCCUUCAAUCCUGAUGCAGCGCAAGCUAAUAAGAACCAUCAGGAUGUUCGGAGUUAUGUACGGCAAUUAAAUGUGAUUGACAACCAGAGAACUUUAUCACAGAUGUCACACAGAUUAGAACCGCGUAGGCCAUAGACAUCUAAAGUGCCCCAAGCAAUGAUUUGUCUCCAGUCCACAAUCGUUCAAAAAUGCCUUUUAUGCUACCAUUGACUGUAUUGCCACUAGAGAAUUCUACAAAACAAGCAAAAACACAUCCUGAGACACCUCAGGGCUGCAUUCAGCUUACUGACUACAUGAGAAGAGAAGAAAUGAUUUGACUUGCAUAAAGCUUACACACUCUAGCUUAGGAACCCCCAGUAUAGUCACCCUGUUUCAUUUCCAGUUGUGCUAUCUUCAUAAGACCCACAUGAAGAACUCAGUAGAAACACCACUGUCCAGGGGACUCUCAAGUUCCUGACGUUUCUUCUAAGAAUGUUUACAGUGUGAAAUGUGCUACAAAUGGGAUCAAUUUGGACACAUCAGUGGUGAUAUAGUUUCAUCAUUGUUAACUCAACAUCUCUAUUUGGAGCAUGGGGUUUGGGCAAAGUGUUGAGGAAUCCGUUCAAGUCCACAUGCUAGGUUGUAUUCUUCCAUCCUCAUAAUCUUACCUCUGAAGGAACAGAACCUGACCACACUACUAUAAAACUUUAUGGCUACUUAUGUAAUUUAGAGAGGACUGGUCUGUAAUUUCUGAAUGAUAGCUAGAAUAAUAUUUAUGUUUACAAUGUAUCUUUUUUAAAUUUACAAAUCAGGAUUACAUACAUAAGAAUUCCACUAAGAAACACCAAGGUUCUUAAAAUUGCCAGCGUUAAGAUAAAAAAUAACAUUUCUGAAGAGCACAAUAUGCACAAAAUGUUUUUCAAAAUUAAAAUAUUUUCCUGGGCAUUAAAAACCUUUCAGCUACAAAUUUAUUGUUACUGAUUUAAAAAAAAAAACAUAUUUUCUGGAUUUAAAUGUUAUUACAAAUAUCUUAAUUUUCAACAAUUGUUUUGCACUUUCAAAUAGAUUGUAAAUAGUUCAUCCAAUCAAUGGUAUAGAGUUAUUUAUUUGCUACAUAAUAGAUAUUGUGCCAAAUAAUUACUUUUUAUUUAUUUUAUUUAGUAUGUAAUUUUGGAGUACAUUUUUUUUCUGUUUUCACAAUUAGACUACAUUUAAUGUGUAGGAAUUGUAUGUAUAUAUAUCUUCUGUAAAUAACAUCUAGUAUCUUCAUUAAAUAUACUUGUUGACAAGAAAUAGUUGUGUUCUUUUCCAUUCCUGUAAUGUGGGAGAUAAACAUUUGGUAUGGUAGUGUAUUGGAUUUCUUUGUUUCUUUUAUUCCUGGUGCUGGGAACAGAACCCAGGGUCAUACACAUACCAAACACAUACUCAGUCACUGAGCUACACCCUUAUCCUAUAUUAUUUCUUAAUUAAAAUAUAAAAUUUUUGAAAGUGCACAGUCCAGUGGGUUUUUUUAACAUAUUAACAAGGUCGUAAAGUAAUCAUCACUGUCUACCUCCCAAUUCUCAUCCCUGAAAGAAAUCCCAUACUCCUUAGCACUCAUUCCUUAUUCUCUUCUUCCAGUCCCUGGUGACCACCAAUCUGCUUUUCUGUAUCUGAAUUUACUGUGGACAUUUCAGAUCAAUGAAUCAUACAAUAUGGGGCCUGUUGUAUCUUUUCUUUCAUUUGACAGUGUUUUCAAAGUUCUUCCACGUUGUAGAUUGUACCAGUACUUCAUUCCUUCUAAUGUAAUGUUCCCGUGUGUGUGGACCCCACACGUUGUCCAUUCAUUAUUUGAAGAAGCUUUGGUUAUCGCUUCUACUUUGGGGCUAUUUGAAUU